AUGCCAAGGUCACGGCGCGAGACGGACAAACGGAGAUCUGGUGUGACUGGCAAGCUCAGAUGGCGGGCGGCAGAAGAUUACAGUGCCAAAGGGCAGGAGCCGACACCGCCAUGCUGGGCGAGUCCUGAAACCGAAGCUGAAACUACUGCAAGGCUGAGUUCGGCGGCGCAGGAUGGUGGGCCAGAGGUGAGGACGUGCGGCCUCGAUAAGCAUCAGGUGGUCGAGGAGACGGGGGCGACGCAACGGCUGGCGCGUGGCGGUGGCAAGGUCCUUACUGCUGCUCGCACCCCGGGCUAG